ACCUGUCAGACCUGCGACUCGGCGCUCCGUGAAGACGCCCAUCACCUGCAGGAGUCUGUGAAUCUCACUCAGCAGAGAAACGAGUUGACCCACAGAUAGAGAAAUAUCUGGCAGAAGAGGAGAAAAACACAACCAUCAAUAUGAGCUCAACAGACGAGAAACAGGACGCCAAAAUUCCAGCCGAGCCUUAUGAUGAGGGUGACGAGAGUUUUAUUGGAGGACAAAUGGAUCCACAUCAGCGUGCCGACACUGUAGAGAAUCCACACAUCUGUGACCAGUGCGGCAAGAGCUUCUGUUUCCCAGCAUAUUUAAAGAAACAUCAGCGUAUCCACACUGGAGAAAAGCCUCAUACCUGCGACCAGUGUGGGACGAUGUUUAGACACCCUGCAAAUUUAAAGAUCCAUCAGCGUAUCCACACUGGAGAAAAGCCCUACUUCUGUGACCAGUGUGGGAAGCUGUUCAGACAGUCUGGACAUUUAAAGAUCCAUCAGCGUAUCCACACUGGAGAGAAGCCCUAUACCUGCAGCCAGUGUGGGAAGAUGUUUAGACGCCUUGCAAAUUUAAAGAUCCAUCAGCGUAUCCACACUGGAGAGAAGCCCUAUACCUGCAGCCAGUGUGGGAUGAUGUUUAGAUGCUCUGCAAAUUUAUACACUCAUCAGCGUAUCCACACUGGAGAAAAGCCCUACUUCUGUGACCAGUGUGGGAAGCUGUUCAGACAGUCUGGACAUUUAAAGAAUCAUCAGCGGACUCACACUGGAGUAAAACCUUACCCCUGCGACCAGUGUGGGAAGAGCUUCUCUGAACGUCACACCCUACAGAAACAUCAGCAGACUCACUCUUCAGAGCGUCUACCUGAACUGUCUUGAUCUCUUGGCUGUUAAAAGAUGACAUGUGAUUUGUAAAAGCUGUCAUGAAAAUAUUUCAAUAACAUUGAAACGCAUGCAACUUGA